AUGCGGAAAUUCAAAAGUCAGCGGUAAGUGUGAGCCAGGCGCAAACUGCCGCCGCUAAAACAAUCGUGAUUAUAUGUACAGUAGUCUCUCAGCAAAUGAGCUUCUAGUGUUCACUUAAAAGGAUCCAACAGUUUCGGAAAGAACCACCGCAUCAGGGAGUCCGUUCCAUGCCCCAAUGAUCGUGUGAGAGAAGGCGUUCCGUCGGACGUCCGAAUGAGCCAGCUUCUGCAGUUUGAAGGGAUGACCACGCAGUCCACUUCAGUCAAUUGAGGGAAAUAGGCGUGAGCCUUUGUAUAUCAUAUUUUGCACAGUAAAAUUGGUGCGUUACAUGGAGAAAUCAUGUGGGCCGAAAUAAUUCAAAUGGGCAUAUAAUAGUUUGACUAAUUGGACGCGAUUCCCGGGGUUUGAGUUCGAUCCCCAUUACUCUUGUUCCUUUCGGAAAGUGAAUAUGUCAAGAUCCCUGUUGGGAAUGCCUACACUCCCAAAAACAAGAGCCAGCCAAUCCCUGGAGGACACGGGCGUUUUCUCUACAGCGCUGUCAUCUUAAUCGUGGCAACUGCAAUGCUGUGUGUCGUUUCGCGGUACCAGAAUCACUGCGAUCUGUUACAUCAAGUCUGAUCUAAACCUACAUGGUCUCAACUGGAUUGAACAACUCGGUUUGGCCGAUAUGCCGGUCCGCGUCGUUCGCAGUCAGGUGCAGAUUUCUGCUCUACUUGCAGAUUAAGCCAAGGACAGUCUCCAACGGCUGUGUUCCAAGACAGCCUGGGUUGUUGCGCAUAUACUCAAGCCGUGCUACAUCUGUCUCCUGGAAGUCAACGAGUUUUCCGUCCACAGCGACCAGUCCCAUAUGCAGUCCUACCAUUUGUCGAGGCUGAAGUGAAGCGUCUGGAGGAACUGGGAGUUCUGGUUCCUGUAUCCUACUCCGUCUGGGCCUCCCCAAUCGUUGUGGUUAAGAGGCCCAAUGGCUUGAGCCGCAUUUGUGCUGACUUCUCCACCGGUCUCAAUGCCGCACUGACGCCGAACUGCCAUCCACUGUCCGUUGCGGCUGAUCUUUUCACCCUGCUGAAUGGUGGUACUUGCUUUGCCAAGUUAGAUCUCGCUGAUGCGUAUCUGCAGAUCGAGGUCGUCCCAGAGUCGCACGAAUUGUUGACCAUCAACAUCCACCGCGGUCUCUUCCAAUACACCAAGCUGCCCUUUGGUGUCAAGACCGCCCCGGCCCUAUUCCGACAAACGAUGAACGCAAUGCUCUCCGGCAUCCCUGGCACAGCUGGGUACCUGGAAGACAUCAUCAUCGUGGGUCGCUCCCCUGCCGAGCUUCAAGACCGAGUUUGCGCAGUACUCGAACGCGGGCAGGAAUAUGGGUUCAGCCUGCCGUCCGACAUGUGUCAAUUCUUCCUCAUCUUCAUCAAGUACCUCGGAUUCGUUUUUGACGUCACUGGCCGCCAUCCAGGUCCUGAAAAUAUUCGGGCUAUCCAACGGAUGCCUGCACCCAAGAGUGUAUUGCAACUUCGUUCGUUCCUUGGCGUGAUCAGCUACUAUAGCGCCUUCCUACCAUCGCUGCAUGACGUACGGGACCCGCUCGACCGUCUGCUGCAGAAGGAUGCUUCCUGGUGCUGGUCCCCCGACUGCGAAAAGGCCUUCGCCCAGUUAAAGUCGAUGCUGAGUUCAGAUCUGCAGUUCACGCACUACGACCCGAUGUUGCCGAUCGUUGUUGCUGCAGAUGCUUCCAACCACGGAGUUGGUACCGUCAUCUCACAUACUUUUCCUGACGGAUCUGAAAAGGCGAUCAUGCUUGCAUCUCGCACGCUAACUCCUGCGGAGAAGAACUACGGGCAGAUAGAGUAA